AAUAAUCCUGUUCUCCUCAUUAAGACCUCGCUUGUUACACAUUCCCGACCUUGCAUUUGCCAUGUGAUACCCCCAGUGCAGUGGGUCGUAUAUAGGCGUCGACACAUCGGUAUGCUUUUCUCGCCAUGGAGUCCGUUCAUAUUACCAGGAGUUUGUCUGGGGAUCUUUGCUGUUGCUUCCCGCCCCCUGAUUUUGCCAUCCAUCCUUAUUGAUUCCCUCCCCCCGUACAAAACCUUUAUUUACCCUAAUCUCUUCUCUCUUCGAAAAUAUCUUUCUGCAUGUACCACUUCUUGUCCUUGUUCUUCUUUCUUUGUUUUUCAGAGCCUAGACGCUGAAUCGCAAGUGUAUAUCCUUUGCAUGUGCAGGGUAUGUUUACGGCCGUCUACGGAGUUGCAUUCGUGGGUGAUGCGCGAUACGAGCGCAUUGAACAUAUGGUGUGUGGUAUGGUUCUGUGGGUAUAUAUCAGGAUAGACGGUGCAAUAAAAAGGUACUCUGGGUCAAUACUAUUUGUUUCUGCCAUGCCAUACAGCUUUUCAUGAGAAACGAUGUUCAGAAAUCUCCUUGCCCACCGA